AUGUCAUCCCAGAAUACAAGACACGAGAACCACUGGCCCCCGGGAAGAGAAAAAGAAACGGCUGAGCAUAACGAACGGUCGGAGGAUAUUUUCCACCAUUCGGAACAGCGGAGGCUUAUCAAGGCCCAUACCCCGAGUCAUUUACAACGCGAAAUCCUGAACAUCGCCUACCCAGCCUACGGCGAGGUCCCUCUGAUAGACCCCAGUGAUCAUGAUUUUAAGGGGAAAAGAUCUCAGUGGGCCCUUGACUACGAGACUGCAUGCGAGGACGGAAAACUCGCCACUGUGCAGUCAAUGGUGUCGUCAAGAAAAAAUACGCCUCUUUUCCUUCAUUCUGGCCUCACUUAUGCUCUAUGUGCUGGUCACGUAGAGGUUGCCGACUAUCUCCUCUCCGUUGGCGCACCAAUCGCGAGUAGUGCGCCGCAUAACAUCAUACGUGCACCCCGCGAUUCAAAGAUUCCCCUCCUUAAUGCUCUCGCACAUCACGGAUGGAGACCGGUGUCUCAAGUCUGCAGCGAGCAGAUUCUUCCUGAAAUUGUGGGAGAUAUUCCCCUGCUCCGCUGGUUCCUCGACCAUGGCACAAACCCCGAUUUUACGCCCAGCCGCAAGAACUAUAUCAAUUGUUCUGCGCUAGAGAAAGCUGCAGGCUCUGGCAGUCUCGAAGCCGUGCAAAUGCUUGUGGAUGCAGGGGCAGACGUUCAUCACGAUGCACUGCACGCCGCUGCUUACAAGGAAGCACCAACCAAGGAGGCGGAUGUAGACAGAAUUCCAGUGAUGGCCUUAUUGGUGGAAAAAGGAGCUGAUGUGAACAAGAAGCGGCAGUCCCGCUACGUUACUCACUUUUAUCCCAUUGUCUUUGCUGCGGUCGCGGGCGCUGUGGAAAGGGUCAAGUGGCUAUUGGAGCAUGGAGCCAAUCCCGAGUUAGGUUGUCCAAUUCUUGAUGGGAAUGCAAUGGAUGUGGCCCGAGUGAAAGGAAACCAGGAGAUGCAGAGGGUAUUGGACGCGGGUUUGGCGGCGAGGAAGUGGGAAAAUGCUACUGCGUGA